CUCGGCAGUACGGCAAAGGAAUAUAACUAACUGAAAAAUGCCCCUCCAAAGAAACGCUAGGUGUAUUCGGAUAGAAUACGAAAAUAAGGGGUUUUUAGCCUCUCCAACAAGCGUUGAUGAGCAACCGUUUAUAGCGACUUCCGGUACGGAUUCGGAAAGGAACAACAGCGCGGAAAUGCUGGAAUGCGGAAAUGCCGGUGCUCCGAAUGAUCCAAUCAAUCCAGGGUCUCCAGUAAUUCUGUACAGUCCGGCGGAUGAUGAUGACCGAAGUGAUGACGACGCCAAUUUGCUGAGUAUUCAAAGUCCACCGCACGCCAUGUUCAGAAUGACAGUACAUACUCCUUCGCUUGAAACCGACAGCGAGAAAUUCCCCUUUGAAAAGCAAGUUGAUAGCCCCGAAGAUCGAACGGACCUAACUGUUCGUCGUCGUGAGAGGGACAUGGGCUGUUACAGAACCAAAAUUUACAGAGAACUAAGUCUUCGGGAUGACCCCUCUGAUUCAGAAGGGGAAGUCGGAGAGCCCAACGAAACCUCACCAGCUGAAGUUAAACAGACAUGGGAGGAAAAGACGGCAGCAUUUGAAGGCCUGACACGAAGGAAGACCUCGCUGCCAGUGAUGGACGAUAGAGGAACUAUGCUGCACUAUCGCUUGAAUCGCGAAGAGUCUAAACUGUCACUUCUCACGUGUCUUUUGUCGAAAUUCUGUGAUCUGAAAUCAUCAAUGAAUACGGAUCUGAUAAACAAGGCUUACAAUAUUAUACAAAAGUUGCAUGAUCUACAAAAGGAAUUCGUCACCAAAUUUAAGCGGUUGGAACCCGCCUUUGACAAUCCGGACACAGAAGUUGCUGAAAUAUUUCGCUGUGUGAUCCAAAGGCAGGAAUACCUGGUCAUCUAUCACAAUCUUCUAACUGGUUUCUUGGAUCAAGUUCCUGCUUGGCCAGACAUAACUGAAACGUCAGAGGAACAAAAGAAUCAUGCAGUGAAUUCCCUCAGACAAACGCUGCAAGAGCCCUUGAAUUGGCUGGUUCAAGAAGCUGAGGAUGUAAAGGAGCUGUGGCAAAUCACCCCGACAAACAAUCCGGACCAGAGGGCAUUUGCUUCUUUGUACGAAAGACUGAUCACAGAUUCCAUUGAAUCUACCUUGUCAGGUCAGGCAACGAAACACAAAGACUCACGGAAACUGCGUAUGCAUUCUCUCGUUGUGGAGUUGGUCCACUGGCAAUCGGAUGAACGAAAGCUGCGUUAUCUUCUGCUCUUCUCCGAUAUUCUGGUCUGCGCCAAGAUUACAAAGGAUAAAAGUUCGAAGCACAAAACAGGCCUGACUGACAUGUUUCGAGGAAUGCGUGCCUCAGAACGCAACCGUCAUUUUCGCUCCAACACGAUUGUCCGACCACUACCCACGGGUAGAAAUGUUUGGAAUAUGGACGAGCCAAAUGCCCGUCUGGAGACCAAAUGGAUGAUACCUUUGGAUCAGCUGAAGCUUUCGCAUAAUACACGUGUUGUCAGUGACCCGAACAAAAUCGCGAUUCACGAACGAGCUAUCGAAAAUCUCAAGUCGAACAUUUCCAAAAUGCGGAAUAGUAUGAAGCGUCUGGACGAGAGCAAGAAGCGGGAUCAACACAAGCUCGUUCGAUCGUUGAGGCAGACAGAAGGAGAACUGGUUCUUCAGUCACCCCAGCUGGUACUGCCGUUGGUGGAUAGCAACGGUCAGACCCACUACAUCCUUCUCAUGACCGAGCGUGAGAGAAAUCAUUGGCGUAUGGCUUUGCAGCAAGAAGUCAAUCAAGUGAAAAGCCGCGAAGAGUGUAUCAAGAGUCUGACACUAGCUACAGACGGAUGGAAUAAGAGGGGUCAACUUCGGUCCUCUCCGCAACCGGGCGUAUCAACAGCAACAACAACUCAGGUGCCUGUGAAUGAACCCAACAGCAGUCUUCGAACGACUGCAGCGGAAAUGAAUGAGGUCUUGAAAAAAUAUCACUAUAUAGUCAGACUGAACAAAACCGGAAUGGCGCUGUUGGAAGAAGCCCCUGGGAGAACAGGAAUACUACGAACCACGGUACAUGGUAUCAAGGGCUUGGACGAGUUAGACAGUUAUCACGUCUGUAUUGAAGUCGAUUCAUUCGCACAAUUCGAAGAGGUUGCUCGCACUCACGUGGUUGCGCAUCAGUCCAAUCCGCAAUGGAAUGAGACAUUUGAUUUACAAAUUGAUAAUGCCCACCGCCUUUGUUUCACAAUCUACCGGCACGCUGAUGUUUUCUCCGAGGCAGAGGUCAAGACAUUUGAUUUACAAAUUGAUAAUGCCCACCGCCUUUGUUUCACAAUCUACCGGCACGCUGAUGUUUUCUCCGAGGCAGAGGUCAAGCUCACCAAUGAUUUACUCUGUGACAAGUGCAUCGGUAUGCCUAUCAAGACACAUGAACCUUCCCCGAGGACGAUUACUUUCACCUUCACUCUAAGUCUGAGUAGACCAUCCCAUAUGAUCCCCCAAGGCACUACAGUACAGCGGGGAAAGAUUUUCGGACAUUCCCUCAGAGAUCUAGUCAGGCGAGAUUACGAUAUGAGUGGCGAGAAAAGCCAAGCUGGAUACAAACCAAGAGUUCCCAAACUCGUCCUAGCCUGCACGGAUGAGGUCUCCCGCCGAGGAUUACGAGAAGUUGGCAUUUAUCGAAUUUGUGGCUCCAACAACGAAAUUCAAGCGCUCAAAGACAUUUUCGAUCAAGAGAAGUCCUCACGUUCCACAGGAUUCACGUUUGGCACUUUACUUUCAGAGCUUCCUGAAGGAUCGGCCAGAACUCAAGAAAUGCAAAACUGGCUUGAUGGACUCCCUCGGGCCAACCGAGACACCCUCAUUCACAUGUUGUCACAUUUGCUCACUGUGAUGCGGUAUAGCGAUGUGAAUAAGAUGGAUAAAGGAAACUUGUCACUGUUAUGGUCCUCGGUGUUUUUCUCUCCAUUGUCCAACCUGAACGGAGAGUUGCGCCCGUCAUCAAAUGCCAGCAAGAAUUUGGAGAUGGAAGUCGCGGGGGCGUUCCAAAGCACAAAAGCACUACAUUGUCUACUUGGGGCCGCUGAGGAUCGGCGACUCACUCUUUCCACUGCUCGGCUUUUGGAGGCUGAAAUCCUAUAUCCUCAUAUGGUCAGUCGAUAUAGUGAAAAUAACAAGAUGGAUGCGGGGAAUUUGGCUCUCCUUUGGUCCGCAGCUCUAUUCCCACCGCUACCUCAACUUAGCGAAAUACGAGUUGAAAAGUCGCCGACCGAAGAGAUUGACAUCCACAUGGAGGCAGCACUAGUUUUUCAAAAAACGAAAUCGAUUACCGCGUUAAUGCGAGCAGUUGCAGAAGGGGAUAUUCAGCGUUGCGAACAACACGGUGAAACAGAGUCCAGAUGACCGAACCCAGGUUUGUCCACCAGGUACGAGUCGACGUCAGUUGUUUUUCUACACAUUUUCCAAACUCCUGUUUCACAUGAUACCCAAUUAUUCGCAGCUACUGCGCUCUGAGCUGAGCCUUGUUCAUUUCAUUCGUCCACAUUUAAGAAACACACCGCAUAACUAAUCUCUGCUCUUUCGCCACAUUCAUUUGAGCAACCUAUGACAACCUGUUCUAAGAUUCUUUUUCUUGGUUGGGUCGAAAAGAAUUCAUUGUACAUUCCUGU